AUGGGCACAAUUGGGCGCCCAAUCCUACGAUUGGCCCCAUUGACAUCUUCUCACCCAGCAGUACAUCCAGUACAUAUUCAUCGGGUGCAAGCCUACCAAUGCCUUGUUGAUCGAACGCGUCGUCCUACUGUACAACCACGCAUAUGGAUCAACGCGACGCGGGCUGCAACUCGAAGAGGCGCCAAAACCCAAGCUACUGUCAAGCUGCAAGAUCUUCCACAAGGUGUCAUCAAGUUGGACGCGUAUGAUGAUGGAGUUGAUGAUGCGCCCCGGUACCCGACUGUGGUUCAAGGACACCGUAACAACAUGCAAAAGUUCAAGAAUUGUGUGAUUCUGACCAGGGUCGGGGGCUUUUACGAGCUUUAUUUUGAGCAAGCUGAAGAGUUCGCCCCGUUGCUUAGUCUGAAGCUAGCAUCAAAGAAAACCACCGCGGGGCCCGUCCCUAUGGCUGGGUUCCCCUUCUUUCAAUUAGACCGUUUCCUGAAAAUUCUUGUCCAGGAUCUUAACAAAUAUGUUGCUAUCAGUGAGGAGUUUGCCCACGAGGCGGAAGGCAAAGCUCGAUCCGGAGGCUUAUUGUUUGAUCGGAAAGUGGCCAGGAUUGUCACACCAGGCACCUUGAUUGAUGAAAAGUUCAUCGAUCCCUCCGAAAACAACUUCUUGUUGGCCAUAUACCUAGAUAUCCCAGCCCUGGAAUCCCAAUCGGAACAGCAUGUCGAUCCUCAGUCCUCGCAGCAUAUAUUGUCCUCCGUGCCGCAACGCGUAGGCUUGUCGUGGUUGGACCUAUCAACGGGGGACUUUUUUACUCAACUGACAACGGCACAAACACUACCGUCCGCUAUUGCUAGGAUAGGAGCUCGCGAGAUACUUGUUGAUCAGAAUGUUCAAGAUAUUAUCGGGCAAGAGCUGCAGCAGCUAGUCGGAAAUGAGCAUCGUCUUGUCACAUUCUUUCGAUACCCGGAAACAUUCGCACCUAUGUCGGAAUGGGGCUCCAUGCUUGAAUCUCCAAUCCCAGAGGAAACGCAUGCCGACUUCACGCCGGAAGAAGUAGCUGCGGGGUAUUGUUUGUUAGAAUAUAUUCGGGUGCAGCUGCAAGGAUCAAAUCUCAAGCUCCAGCCUCCGCGUCGGAGGCACCUGGAUGAGUCGAUGAGUAUUGAUCGCAAUAGCCUGAGAGGACUAGAAAUGCUCGAGACUGCGCGAGAUGGUUUUGGGAAGGGAAGUUUGCUUCACGCUGUACGCAGAACUUCUACCAAGAGUGGUGCUCGUCUUCUGCGCGAUCGACUUACUUCUCCAUCUACGUCACUUCAGGCCAUCAACGAAAGGCUAGACCUCGUUUCAAUUUUCAUCGAAAGCGAGGAUCUUCGGGAUAGCGUAGUACAAUUGCUAAAGCGCAGCUAUGACUCACAACGGCUGGUGCAGAAAUUUGCGAUGGGCAAGGGAGACCCGGAUGAUUUGAUCUGCCUGUCCCGGGCCGUCGAGGCCUCCAAGGGAGUCAAACAAGUGCUUUCCGACUAUGAGCGAUCAUUAUCUCCCGAAACUGCUUUGGAUGCGAAAACCAGUCUUAAAUCAAUGAUCUCACGCCUUUAUCUUGAAGGACCCAGUGCGCUUGCUGACAAAAUCCUCGCUGCUAUUGACGAGGAGGGCCUCCUCCAACAACAGCGUAUACAGGAUAGCACUGCUGCUGAAGUAGCUAGCUUGGCACAAGAAGUCACCAUCAACGAAGGUACUCCGACUGACCUAGAGUCACUUCCCAAAAAGGUCAGAGCCAAGAAAAGCGACAAGAUGGCACCCGAGCCAGAGGUUGGUUUGAUGGAAACAUGGAUUAUGAGACGCAAUGCGAGUAAGGGGUUAAAUGCACUUCAUACGGAGCUGGAGGGUUUGUUGGAUGACAAAGUCGCGUUAAUCAAGCGACUUCGCGAAUAUGUCGGAUCCUCAGCCCUUAAUUUGAAGUGGACUCCUGGACUGGGCCACAUCUGUCACGUUAAAGGGGCCAAAAUCUCGCAGGUAUCUCUAGAGGAAUUGGGCGUCACUCGAAAUGUCUCGUCAACCAAAUCUACGCGGUCAUUUUAUCUUCCUGCGUGGUCAGAACUGGGAAACAAAAUGGACCGCGUCACCGUACGAAUUCGACAAGAAGAACAAUCGAUAUUUGAGCGUCUACGCCGCGAGGUUAUUCUGAACCUUGUCAAAAUCCGCCGCAAUGCAGCUGUCAUGGAUGAGUUAGAUGUCGCCUGUUCUUUUGCCACGCUUGCUCAAGAACAGCAAAUGGUUCGGCCUAUCCUGAACAAUGGAACCUCACACAAGAUCGUUGGCGGAAGGCAUCCAACUGUCAAACUCGGACUCGAGGAGAAGGGCAGAUCUUUCGUGAGCAACGAUUGCUUCCUUGGCGAGCAAGAAAGAAUCUGGCUCAUCACUGGCCCAAACAUGGCCGGUAAAAGUACCUUUUUGCGCCAGAAUGCUUUGAUCACCAUCCUCGCCCAGGUGGGCUCGUACGUGCCAGCAGCAUACGCCGAAAUCGGAAUCGUUGACCAGAUUUUCAGUCGCAUUGGAGCAGCAGACGAUCUCUUCCGUGAUCAAUCGACCUUCAUGGUGGAAAUGCUCGAGACUGCUUCCAUCCUGAAGCAGGCUACCCCCCGGUCCUUUGUUAUCAUGGACGAAGUAGGCCGAGGCACUACACCCGAGGACGGGACGGCUGUCAGUUUUGCAUGUCUUCACCACUUGCACUAUCACAAUCGGUCUCGUACACUCUUCGCCACACAUUUCCACGGCCUGGCAGACAUGACGCAGGAUUUUGAACACCUGGAACGUUACUGCACCGAUAUUAAAGAGACAAGUUCCGGUUCCUUCUCAUUUGUUCAUCGCCUUCAUAAAGGUGUCAAUCGCGAAUCGCACGCGUUAAAGGUCGCUCAACUGGCUGGCCUUCCUCGUGCGACGAUCGAGUUGGCAACGAGUGUGCGCGAAGCAUUAAGGAAUGAGAUCCCUCCACCACGCCCCAGUACACAAUGA